UGAGCCUUUACUGUAGCUGCGUAAGCAUUUCUACUCAAGGCCACAGUGUGAAAUCAUAUCUAACGACUAGCUGUCUAGGUUGUAUUUAAGAGAGACCGCAGGCUCCAGCAGCGCCCCGUGAAGUCCAAGGUUAACAUCACUGACCCAUGAAUAUUCUGAUAGUCCUGUGCUGCUUCAGACUCGACCUGCUAAACAGCAAUGACUCCAUCUGGGACACAACUAUUACUCAGCGAGUGCGUCACAGCACCAUAAUGCAAUAAGCAGUGUUGACUGUUGCGCUCGUUCAAUUACCAUCAUCAUCCAUGUCAUUAUGCAGAUAACCUGUUUUCCUGAAAAGGAAAUGGCCUGUCCUUAGUGGCUGACUAGGAUUUUUAAAUCAGAAUCAAAUCAAAAACUAAUCAAUGAUGAAGUGGUGUGAUGUAGCCUUGAGUGAAGUUGAUUAUUUUCCAAUAACAGCACAUCCCAAAAUGUUUUAUUCCUCUUAUAAGACUAUAAGACAUGUCAUAAUUUGUAUCCAUUUAUAGUUACAUUUAAUGCUGGGAAACAUCCAAGAGACAAGUUAGUUCCUGUUAUCAUUUGCUUUAUAGCCUAACAGUUAUAGUCAUUCCCUCACCAGCCUGUGUAUUUCUCCUUUCUCUUUAAGUUAAUAAGACAAAAAACACACCCUGUUUAUGUUACCAAGAAACCGGAAAAUCCUCUGUGCUGAAGACUUUCCAGUGACGGAAAUCUUACUGACCGUUACAAAGUGCUGACACCCGAGACUCCUUCCAUACAUGUUAAAUAAAUGUCACCUUACAGAAAACCAUAUAAACCAUAUUCACCAUAUAAACAAUUACACAUUUUUCUUUGUUAAAUAACAGCAGGUUUUAAUCUGUUUAUUAUUUGCCUCAGAUUAGAUUAUUCGGAGCAUCCGCUGUAUCAAACAACUCGCUGUGAACUUCAGAAAUGAUAACAUAGUAGAACAAGUGCGUUAUUAUAAACCUGGGAUAUGAUUUAUAGCCGACACUACAGUCAGAGCUGCUGUUAUAGAAAAUUAAUCAACACGUUCUGACCAAUCAGAUUUGAGAAUUCAAUAAAGCUGUGUUCUGAAAGGAAAUAAAAGGGUAUUCAAAGCCAAAAUAGCUACAAGUGUUAGUUUAUUAGUCGCAUAGCUAAAGAUCACCCCUCAACCCCAUGUAGUAAAUCAUUCACAGUUGAUAAGGUUGGAAUGUAUUACGUUAGUCAUUACUGUAUCUGUGCCUGUGGGUCACAAGUAUGAGGUUAUAGCUUAGCCAAACACUUUGGAAACCUUAAUAUGUAAUUUUGAUGAAUCACAGGAUGUCAAGUGUGGACUUCAGGUCCUCAAUUUCUACAUCAGUCAGCAAAACAGGGAAUACAGACAAAUCAAGCAGACAUACAUCUGCUGGAAAUCAAAUCACUAAAUGAUAAUGAAGAAGUCUGCAUGGCAUGCUUGGGACCAGCACUGAGAGUGCACUGGGUUGUGCAACCCCCAUUGGCUCGGUUGGCUCCCUGCCCAGGAAUCGAACGCAGGCCCUGGCGGUGAGAGUGCGGGAGACUCAGCCGCUAGACCACCAGGGAACCACCAUAUAUAAAAGUGCAGUAAUCCAUGCAAAUUAUAUGAUUUGAAGUGGAUCAAGUCGAGGUUUCUAUUAGUUCAUAGUUUCACGGUGGGUAACAAGGAGGACGGCUGCUUUCAAGAGACGCACUUAUUCAGCAUCAGAAGGAGGAAACAAGCAUGGCAUUUGCAGGAAUAUUGAAAGAAGAGGACAUCGCUGCAGCAGUCCAGGCUUGCCAAGAUCCAGGCACCUUCUCUCACAAGUCCUUCUUUGAACAAGUGGGGCUCCUUGGCAAAUCAAACGUAGAUGGUCAGAAGGUGUUCAAAGUCCUCGACCAAGACAAGAGUGGAUUUAUUGAGGAAGAGGAGCUCAAACUGUUUCUCCAGAACUUCAUGGCAGGAGCCAGAGAGCUGACAGAUGCUGAGACCAAAGCUUUCCUGGCUGCUGGAGAUUGUGAUGGAGAUGGCAAAAUUGGGAUGCAAGAAUUCUGUGUGCUGCUAAACUGAAACAAUGAUAUAGCUACUGUACUGAUGCUGAACACCUACAAUUUUCUUUCUUAUUCUUACUUAUGAGAAUCAUAAUUUUCAGUUGUUACAAUUGGACUGAGAGCUGAAUUAAAAAUAUAGUCUUUAAUGACUGACCUAAUGAAAUGUGAAAAUAAAGUUUAGUACUUCA